AUGGAACUACAGGAUGGAUUGCACAAAAUCAGGCUAAACUAUAGUGAAGACUCCGCUGAUGGCAGUAAACUAAAUGAAGAUGAGCUUAUAGAUUUUUCUGAAGACCAGGAUAACCAGGAAGACAGUAGUGAUGAUGGUGGCCUUGUAGACGAUAACUGUAAUUCAGAAAUGGGACAGUGGCACCUGAAGCCUACUAUCUGCAAACAGCCUUGCAUUUUGCUUAUGGACUCACUGAGAGGCCCUUCCCGGUCAAAUGUUGUGAAAACACUAAGGGAAUACUUAGAGGUGGAAUGGGAAGUCAGGAAAGGCACCAAAAGAAGCUUUUCCAAAGACGUCAUGAAAGGUUCCAACCCAAAAGUGCCACAACAGAAUAACUUCAGUGAUUGUGGGGUGUACAUACUGCAGUAUGUGGAGAGCUUUUUUGAG